CUCCUCCUUCCCCCCAGUUGGACUUGACAUGGCGUCGGCAGCAGGAGCCAACACGAGAGACUAGCGACACUGUUCGCGUCGGAGCGACGUGUAGUUUAUCGCACUUAGGUUAUUUUGUAGGACUUAACAGUAGCUUUCUUCUCUAAAACACAAAGCGCCCGUCGGUGAAAUUCAUAAAAGUGACAUUUGCCACCUUCGACUCGGUUGUAAUCACGUCGCCAUGAACGGGAAGUCGGCCAACGGCUCGGCGGGCGGAAUGGCGUGUAUCGACGGGCUGCCGCCGCUGCCCAAGAGCCUGAGCGGUUUGCUCAACUCGAGCGGUGGCUCUUGGAGGGACAUGGAGCGCAUGUACAUGAAGAAGACGAUGAUCCAGGACGACCUAAGCCGAGGACGCAACAACGCCGACAGCCUGCUGGCCAGCAAACCGGCCAACCUUGACGCCGCCCUGGCUCUGCUGCGGAAAGAGAUGGUGGGCUUGCGUCAACAGGACAUGUCGCUGCUGUGUCAGCUCUGGUCGCUGCACGAGUCCAUCCAGGAGUACAAGGGCAGCUGCCAGGACUUGAGCGCCGCCUCCGGCCUCGGCAUGAUGGAGAACGGCUACUUCGACGAGGACGAUGAGUAUUACGCCGAGCCGGGCGCCACGCCCACCGGCGAGCACCCCGACAGCGGCGGCAUCGGGGCGGAGGAAGCGAGCAAAAACGACGCGGGGGUCGGCAAAGAUGACAGCUGGGAGUCCUUUCGCGUCACCAUCUGAUGCCGCCACGUGGUAAUUUUUUUUUGCACCGGGGAAUGUGAUGCCCUUGUGGCGCCCCCUAUAGUCAAAACUUUCAUGCUGCAAGGGGCCCGGCCUGGAGCUUCAUCAUACUCGAUGGAGUCGUAUCAGACUUGUUUACUUAAAAAAAAAAAAAAAAUCAGAAUAUACUGUUUGUAUGUUUGAUGUUUUUUUUAUUCUAAACUUAAGCCGGUCACUUAUUAUAUCCGGUGGGGUUUACAUAUAAAUGUAUGGACAAAGUUAUUUAUUAUAUAAUAUUAAAAAACACACACACACACACACAAUAUCCGCCCCUGGAAGUUUCAGAAGUUUGCGGCCAAGAAUGAAUUUGUUAACCAACCGAUCGUGACGAUCUCGAGAGGGAUGAUAAUACGAUAAGGGGGGACGGGGGCUUAUAAGUGUUGUGUGAAAAUGGCAAAAAAUAAGACUUACGGUUUGAGCGUAGCAAAGCGUUGGACUGUGACAUCGGAAAUGGAAUUUGUUGAGCAAAACUGUGGAAUGAUCUUUCCAGGCGCCCUUUUUGUUCACCAUUCGGGCUAAAAAUUGAAACCGAACAAGCGUUUUGUUCGCACACUUUUGUUUGCUUGUGAAUGCCAGCUAAAAGUUUUCGGUUGGAUGGCACUUGCAUACUUUUCGACCAGGCCGGGAUUAUGAUUUACGAUUCCAGUGAAGGUAUCGGGAAUUGAAUCUAUUUGAGAGGAAUGAUUUUACGAGGUGGCCUUCUGAAAUUUCCGAGUAGAUUAUGUAGUUUUAGCGACAACGUCAACACCCCGCGAAUAUUUUCGACGAAAGCGAUCAGACUGUCGCGGACCACUACAGCAGCACAAUUUUGUUGAAGUGCUCACAAGAAUGAAAAAUUGUUGCGGGUUCGUAGUUAGCAUCUGAAUGUCGCACUCACGCCACACGGUCAGUUCGUUCUCUUUUGUCAUCUUUUAAUUGGACGGCGCAGAUGCUACUCGUGCUUGACUGCGUUUUUCUUUGUCUUUGCGUCGCCAACCGUCGCGUUUCGAACAUCGAUGUCUGUAUAUUUCGCAUGACCAAAGACAGCGUGGCACUUGGCAAUACCAUGACUACAUCUGUGAAAUGUACAAAAAAAAAAAUCUCCAAGAAUGUCCAUAACGUAGCGCAGGGUUAGCUGUGCCUUUAGCUUAUGCUAAUGAGCGAUAUUAGCAGAGCUAAGAUUUUGUUAACUCAGUGGUUCAUUAGCUACACCUGAUCCAAUACAAGUACGUAACUUCAUUGCGAUUGGUCGUUCGUCAUUUAUUUGUGCCUACAACACAAGUCACAAUUUUAUUUGGGUAAUGUGGGAAAUUUUGUGCGCUCGUAACUCUGCUCGAGAACUUGACGUGGGCCAACAAAAUGGUCGCUCUGUCUUCAAUUUCUGAGAAAUGUAUUCACUGGUGUACCUAAUGAAGUGACUGACUGGAAAACAACAGCGAACGAUCAAGGAAUAUCGAAAUGCAGCUUUAUCGGUAUCAUAUCCAAAACACUUUAAUAUCGUAAUGUACUGAAUGUUUUUUUUUGUCUCACCCGUAUAAAUGUGUCAACAAGUCAUAGCAGUGAAAUCCGAAUAACGAUGCACACUUGUCAUUGGAUGUCUUCACUACCAGUGCCUUCAUGAAUCAAGUGGUGACUAAAAACGGGAUGCAGGCUAAUCACGCUUCCGGCGAAAGCUAACCGCACUGGCAAUGUAGCAUUUUAACACUUUGAAAUGUCUCACGAGUGUUGGAAAAAAAGGAAGCCGUCGACCGUAUCCGAUUAUUUAAACGAAGCAAAAGUACUCACUCUGUAAAGACACAAUGCAAAAUUUUAAAACACACUUUGUCAUCAUUCUCCGGUCGGUUUUCACAUUGGUGGUUAUUAGCCGUUAUGCUACAUGCUAUUUAUGCUCUGUGAACUGUUUUUGUGUAUCUUAACUGAGUCUUAACGAAUUGUAUUGCUUGUAUUGUAUAUCGCGAGGCUUUGGUUAAGCAAUGACAUUGUUCCACUUUUUGGCGAUUCAAGCUUGGAAAUGAAUCUCAAACUUCGCUAGCUUGACGUUUUACCUCCUCUCUGUAGCAUACAUUGGUCCAAGUAGGUCUAAUUAUCUUGAGGCUGCUCCAAGUUAAAUAUUCUUUUCAACACAGAAAAUGCAACAACUACCGAACCAACACCAGAAUGCUUGAAAUUGUACACCAGCAACUCGAUGCUAACAUAUUAGCGCCCCGUCGAUAAAUUGACAUUUGUCAUGUUGUAGCACAAAAGUCUUACAAUACAGCCUCAAACAUUUCCAUGACAUCAUGAAUGGGUGGUUUUAAGUCAUACUCCGCACCUGUAAGCUUUACUACCACGCACAAGUGACGCUUUUGAAAAAAUAAGCAUUAAAUCGCAAACGAAUCUUCCCGCUGCUAACAUUAGCUUAGCACAUAACGCCGUGCUUCCGGAUUGUAGCAUUUUUCUUGAAAAAUGUCUUUUUUUUUUUUUUUUUGCCAGUUCAUUACGCUUCCUAAUCGCGACAUGGUGAAUCGUACAAUGAAGGUUUUCAUCGGGUGCUGUUGUUUCCGACUCGUCAUUCCUCUGUAAACGACGACACCCGUGUUUCCGUUUCUGGAUGAUAUCAGUUAAUAAAAGGAUUCCAGAUGUUUCCACA